GUGAUGUUCCCAUGCCUCUGACCAUGUGUCGUUCCCUGUUCUCGUCGGGAGCAUAGCCAGAGUCGUCAACACAGUGUCAUGGCCUCCCGACUGCGACCAUGAUCUCCUUUUCAGACAGCACCUUCCAGUCUAUCCUCUGUUGCUGCUGUUGCUGCUCAGUGCAGGGGAGACGAGUGACAACACGGAUCAGCCUAAGCAGAGAGGAAGAACUCUCAGAAAAGCAUUCCCAGCGUCAGAGGCAGUGGUUCUCCAAACUGAUGGGCAAGAGUCAAUCCAGCAGAGGUGGGGUGCAACCCUCAAAGCGUAGGCCACUGCCUCCCCUCCCGCAGGAGUUUACAGAAGAGAGAAUCCGGGUCAAGGCUCUUUAUGACUUCCUGCCUCGGGAGCCCUGUAAUUUGGCACUGAAGAGAGCAGAGGAAUAUCUGAUAUUGGAGAGGUGUGACCCUCACUGGUGGAGGGCCAGAGACCGCCUCGGGAAUGAAGGCUUAAUCCCAAGCAACUAUGUGACAGAAAACAGACUCACCAAUUUAGAAACAUAUGAAUGGUAUCAUAAGAACAUCACCAGAGACCAGACGGAACGCCUGCUGAGGCAAGAGGCUAAAGAAGGUGCAUUUAUCGUGAGAGAUUCGAGACAUUUGGGGUCUUACACAAUCUCUGUGUUUACAAGAGCUAGAAGGCAUACACAGUCUUCAAUAAAACAUUAUCAGAUUAAAAAGAAUGACUCAGGACAAUGGUACGUCACUGAAAGACACCUCUUUCCCUCGGUUCCCGAGUUGAUCCAGUAUCACCAGUACAAUGCAGCUGGUCUCAUGUCCCGUCUCCGCUAUCCCGUUGGGCUCCUGGGCAGCUGUUUACCAGCCACAUCUGGAUUUAGCUAUGAAAAGUGGGAAAUAGAUCCGUCUGAGUUGACUUUUGUCAAGGAGAUCGGAAGUGGUCAGUUUGGGGUAGUCUACUUGGGAGAGUGGAGAGCACGUAUCCGGGUCGCCAUCAAGGCCAUCAAUGAAGGCUCCAUGUCUGAAGAAGAUUUCAUUGAGGAAGCCAAGGUGAUGAUGAAGCUGUCACACUCGAGGUUAGUUCAACUUUAUGGGGUGUGCAUACAGCAGAAGCCCCUCUACAUAGUGACAGAGUUCAUGGAAAAUGGCUGCCUGCUCGACUAUCUCAGGGACAGAAAAGGGAAGCUUCCGAAGGCAUUGCUUUUGAGCAUGUGCCAGGACAUAUGUGAAGGGAUGGCGUACCUGGAGAAGAGCUGCUAUAUCCACAGGGAUCUGGCUGCCAGGAACUGUUUGGUCAGUUCUGCCUGCGUAGUGAAGAUCUCGGACUUUGGGAUGGCGAGGUACGUUUUGGACGAUGAAUAUAUCAGUUCUUCUGGAGCUAAGUUCCCAGUCAAGUGGUCCCCACCUGAAGUUUUUCAUUUCAACAAGUACAGUAGCAAGUCUGACGUCUGGUCAUUCGGAGUUUUAAUGUGGGAAGUUUUUACAGAAGGAAAAAUGCCCUUUGAGAAUAAGUCCAAUUUGCAAGUGGUGGAAGCCAUUUCUAAAGGUUUCCGGCUCUAUCGUCCUCACCUGGCCCCCAUGUCCAUAUACGGAGUUAUGUACAGUUGCUGGCAUGAGAGCCCUAAAGGCCGUCCGACAUUUGCUGAGUUGCUUCAGGUGCUCGCAGAGAUCGCGGAAACCUGGUGACCUAAAACGGAACGCCAGCCCACAGGAUCAUCUUGUAAAACUGUCACAAGGCGGCAUCAUGGGCGUCACUGCUGGGGAGUAUCUCCACGAGGGUUGUUGACUCUUGGCAAAGGAGCAAGGUCACAGGCUUGUCACACUGAUUUCAAUGCAAAAUGCUCCGAUGGUAGUCUUUGUACUGCUGUGAGAGAGACUUCUGAACUGCACUCCUCUCACGCACUCCACUUCAGCCUUCCGGAUGGCUUGCUCAUGAUAGGCACCCUCACGACCCUUAGAGUGACACAGACCCCUGGUUCUUCAUAAGGCUAAGGCGACUUCUUUCUUGGGCACUGACAUUUCUGUUUGGAGUGGUCCAUGCAGAGAGGGGGAAAAAUAGAUUCUGCCAACUCAUGGAAUAAAGAAACCUUCCCAACAGUUUCAUGUUUGGGCCUGUAUAAAUGUUUAUAGAAAACAUAGCUUUGGAAACCUAUGUGAACAUUCUGGAAAUGUCUUUUAUAAUCUUGCCGUAUGUUAUUUAAUAAACUCUUUUGAUUAUUGUGAGGUCUAA